CAGCAACAAAAUAUGCAGCUACAACAGCAACAGCAGCAGCAGCAACAGCAACCACAACAGCAACAGCCACCUCAGCAUCACCAACAAUCACAACAGCAGGCACAACAACAGCAGCAGCAACAUCAAGGAGCUCAGAGUCAGCAUCCACAGCAGUCCCAUCACCAGCAGCAGCAACAGUUGUGUGAGCAACUUCAGUCCUUCCAGCAGCAACAGAAACCGGCCCCCCCCUCCAUACCCCCUUCGUUCCAGCAGUACCUCCCUCCCUCCAACAAGGGUAGCUGUGUGGUCGCCCACCAUGGCCUAGGGGAGGUGGUGGUUGAGGCUCCAGAGAGCAACAGCCAGGUCAGCACCCCAAUCUGGCCUCCAUCAGGCAUUGCACCUGGUGUGACGCUCACGGAGUACCCGAGUGGAGAAGAGAAACCCGCUCUGCCACCUUGGACGGAUGGCAUUGGCUGUGAGCGAAGAAACAAUGCUUCGAUCAACCGUGAUGCUGCAAAUAGAGCAUCCUGGCCUGUGGCAUCUUCACUCCUCUGGGCAGGCCUAGAUGGCUUCGUGAGUGAGAGUGAGGGCGAAGAGGGCAACAUCUCCCCCAUUGGACUCCCCCAGUACCGCCGCCAUUCCACAGACACCACGCACCUCAACCUCUGUGCCAAUGCUCCGCCAGUCACCAAAACCCGGAGCUCAGACAACAUUUCAUCAGUGAGUGGCAAUGGUGAGGCAAGUGGUACCAAGAAUGGCUGCUUGGACAGUAAUCUUCAGCGACUCCUGCUGCUCAACUCCAUCCUGCCAUCCUCAUCCCCCCCAACACCAACCUCCCAGUAUUCACUCUUCAGUCCCACCAGCUGAACAACAACUUAAAAAGAAAUUCUUGUGUAAUCUGAUUUCUUCUGUAUGACCCAAGAGCAGCUUUGCCAGGCAAUUCUGUUACAUGUACCUGAGGCAAGUCAUCAAGUGUCACAGGAAUUGAUAAGAACUUGAAUAAACCACCACAUAAACCCAUUAUAACAAUGACCACAAUGCAUUUGGCAGCUUGGUGUCAAAAUCAGCUGGCAGUUGCAGUACUUGGCAAUAGACUGAUGAGUGCCAAACCCCGUGUCUGGCUGGCCAGAUAUUGGUAUGUACUUCACACAUUUAAUGGCAGUCUUUGUAUUAACUAGUAAAUGGAAUGUUCUUUCA